AACGUCAAACUUUUUUCUUCCAUUUAUCAUCGACGAGACACUUGCAAAAAUUAAAAAAAACAGACGCCGACUAAAAAAUUAAGAAAAAUUCUUUUUUAAAAAGAAUUAAUAAUAUUUUCUCACUUAAAAUGAGUGAUAUUUUAAAAAGUUCUCAAGAACGUUCCCGAAAACGCAAGCAACUUCUUGCUCAAACCCUUGGCCUUUCUAGUGUCGAUGAACUUAAAAUUGUCCUUGGGACAGUCGAAGAAGCCGGCAGUCAACGCUCGAAUCGUGAUGAGGAUAACGAAAGUCCUGGGCCAUCAUCGAAGAAACCUCAAGCUGAAAUAAUCUAUCGUGAUUCAUCGACAUUUUUAAAGGGUACACAAUCAUCAAAUCCACACAACGAUUACUGCCAACACUUCGUGGACACAGGUCAAAGGCCACAGAACUUCAUUCGUGAUGUUGGUUUGGCCGAUCGCUUCGAAGAAUAUCCCAAGCUAAGGGAAUUGAUUCGCCUCAAAGAUGAACUUAUAUCCGAAACUGCCACUGCUCCCAUGUAUCUGAAGGCUGAUGUGAAGACCUUGGAUCUGAAGACACUCGGGACUAAGUUUGAUGUGAUUCUCAUCGAACCACCACUGGAAGAAUAUGCUCGAGGUGCUGCUACAGUAGCGACAGUUGGCGGAGCUCCUCGAGUCUACUGGAAUUGGGACGAGAUUCUGAAUCUUGAUGUGGGUGAAGUUGCAGCUCAUCGGAGUUUUGUGUUCCUAUGGUGUGGUAGUUCCGAGGGUCUUGACAUGGGCCGCAAUUGUCUAAAAAAAUGGGGUUUCCGACGUUGCGAGGACAUCUGUUGGAUCCGCACGAACAUCAAUAAACCAGGACAUUCCAAGAUUCUCGAACCGAAAGCAGUAUUUCAACGAACAAAAGAGCACUGUCUGAUGGGCAUCAAGGGAACCGUCCGUCGUUCCACUGAUGGAGACUUCAUUCACGCCAAUGUCGACAUAGAUCUCAUCAUUUCCGAGGAAGAGGAGUUCGGUAGUUUUGAGAAACCCAUCGAGAUAUUUCAUAUAAUUGAGCAUUUUUGUCUGGGGCGGCGUAGAAUGCAUUUGUUUGGGAGAGACUCAAGCAUUCGUCCGGGUUGGCUAACUGUUGGCCCCGAAUUGACCAACUCCAACUUUAACUCUGAGUUGUAUCAAUCGUAUUUUGCAGAAGGUGCUGCAACUGGUUGUACGAGUAGAAUUGAAUCACUGCGACCCAAGAGUCCUCCGGCCAAUAGCAAAGUGAUUCGUGGUCGUGGAAGAGGGUUCGCUCGAGGACGUGGAAGACCUAGAUAAAUUCGUUUCGAUUUAAUUUUGAUUACUAUUAUUGACAAAAAUGAUUUUCUAUAUAUUUUAAAUACACUUGACACACAAAUAAACGAACACUUAGUUUC